UGUUAGCAGGCUAACAUUGAACCUAAUUGGUUAACUUUAGCUAUGACAAUCUGUUCGUAUUGCUACUACUCUAUGGAUUAGGAUUAUGGUUCAUUGUUUAGCUAGCAUGUCUAAACAAAAGACUACACCUCGCCAGAUGAUUACAUGACCCAUCAAGUUAGCCAGGUAUGUCUGACGGUGAUUAUGGCAAUCUAUUGUAUAAUAAUGGCAACAUAUUUGUAUCUGGAAUUUGCCUUUCAGCAUCAGUAGAACACGCCUGUCUCUCCUCCACCAGUCAUACAAGGAUAAUGGUCUAAUGCUUCCCAUCAAAAAGAGAGCUGGCCCAAGCAAGCACAGGUUACACCUGAAGUAUGAGGACUUGCAGCAAAUUGUGAACUUCAUCAAUAACUACGCAGAGGAUAACGCAAUAGUAUUACCAGGACGCCAUCCCAGGACACAAACACUUUGGUGGAGAGCUGCUGCAAUCCCAUGUGACAAAAGCAGCAGUGUGGCGUCUCUACAAGAAUCGAUGACAACACUUGGAAUUUUCCAAGAGGAUGUUUCUGUAUGCAGUGCUGAUACUCUGCACAUUUGUAGGUGCACUAUACUUCUGACCCUAUGCAGCCAGGUCCCAUCUACUUUUUAACUGCUCGCAAGUGUGGCUUGUUUGGUGUCUGCUGUGAAGCAACUACUUAAUUGAUGAAGGCAUGUCAUCCAGCAAAGGCAGAAGCUCGGUCAUCAACUACAUGCACCAUUUCUUCACCAAUUAUGGAGUUGGGGAAACACAUGUGGACCUUAAUUGUGAUAAUUGCAGUGGCCAAAACAAGAACAAGUUUGUGCUCUGGUAUUGUGCCUGGCGGACCAUGCUUAAGCUCCACUACAGUCUGGACCUUCACUUACCUGAUCACAGGCCACACCAGGUUUGCCUGGUGCUUCGGCCUCAUCAAGCAGCGCUUCAGAAAGACCAGAGUGAACACUUUGUCUGAGAUUGCUGGUGUUGUGAAGGACAGCACUGUGACAGGGGUCAACACCCCACAGCUGGUUGGACUGGAGGAUGGUACGGUGCUGGUGGAAAACUAUGGCUGGCAACAACACCUGACUCCGUAUUUCAGGCCGCUGCCACUGUUCAAGCAGUACCAGCACAUCAGCUUCAAUGCUCUGGAGCCCGGUGUUGUUGUCGCCAAGGAGCGUUCUGACUCAGUCAGGACAAGGUUUCAGCUGCUGCGCAAAGCUGACAUCCUUCCUCCCAUAGAUGGUCUGCCUGUACAAGCACCACCUGGACAGGACACAGCUAGACAAACUUAUGUUUUUGAGAAGAUCAUGGAGUUCUCAAAAAGAUCAUGGACAUCACAUGCCCUGCACCAAAGUCAAGGACAGGACAGAAACAGGCUCUCCGAAUAUAGAUUCCCUUGUUCGUGCAUGGUUCAGAUGGACCAGUCAUCAGCACAAUCUACAGUGCCUCUAUUCAAGUGACUUUCUCCUAACACACACGCUGUAUGUUGCUGAUGCUAUCUUUUUAUUUAUCCUGCUGCUCAGCCACUUUACCCCUGAUUGUAUGCAUAUAGCUAACUCAUCUAUCACUGAUAUUGAUAUUGUUCUUGUACAUACUGUAUAUUUUAUUCAUAUUGACACUAUCUAUUUCUGAUAUUGCUACUACGCAAGUAACCAUUUGGCUGUACUGUUUACACCUUCUGUAGAGACCCAUCCACUUGGCAACAUGUGGCUGGGGGAUAUAGCAUUUCACAUGACCCAUCAAUUAAGACAAGUGUGUCUGGUUAAUCGUAAUCUAAAUAUUUUUAUAUGGACACUUUCUGUUU